AUGCAUAAAAGGAAGGUAGCCGUGCAAUUUUCAAGAUUGCAGGCUAGAUCCACAGCCGUCCAACAAGAGCAUAUCGAUAAAGUCCAAGAACUUCUCGAUUCCCACUAUGUCUCUGCACCUGAAGCUCGCUGGGUAAACUUCUCAUUUAAGCUUCACCACGCAUUUCCGUCCCACCAGAGACUAGUAAUCUAUAUUAAAGACUUUCCCACUGUAUCAGCCUUUUUUUUUCCCUACCGUGACACGGAAAAUCUGAAUAACAUGGAAACCUCAAAAUGUGGACUAUAUGUACGAUAUUCCAAAUUAGCACCAUUGGUAGAAUUAAUGUCACUUCACCAAAAUAGACCCAGAACGGUACACUCUCUGAGAGAUAUGGUGGUACUGUCUUUGUGGUGCGAUGAUGGGGAAGCGUGGCUUUUUCAGUAUACCAGGGAAAGCGAUUUUCUGCAAGAAAGUCCAGACUAUUAG